AUGGCGAUGAGCGAUAAUGAGAUCUUUGUUCAUCUGGAUAGGUCCAUGCUGGGACCGGUUCUCCUCGACCGCCACUUCCUGAUCUGUGAGGAUGAUAACGACGAUGACGGCUGUUGCGACGGAUCGGGUCAGUCGCACUGCCAGGGCAACGCCCUCUACAAGUCUGGGCUCUUCCAGGAAGCCGUGCAGGCGUAUACGCUGGCCUUUACGGAGUUGGCCAACACCGAGGCUCUCAAGCACGCCACGCUGCUGUGCAACCGGGCCACGGCACACCUCCGCUGUCCCGGUGCCGAUGCUGCCUCGAGCUGCGCUGAGGAUGCCGAGGCAGCUUUGGUGAUGCUGGCAGAGCUGCCGCAAGAAGACGUUCGCCUGGUCCUGAGCUGCGGGGAGAGCUCCCUGGUGCAGAAGGCAGAGUGGCGCCUUCAGAGAGCGCGCGAGCUCAUGGACAUCCGCCGCCUCCACGCGGAGGCACAGGCGCUUUGCCCCCGAGGGGACGCUGCCGAAGCGCUGCGGCGCUGCGAGGCGGCGCUGAAGCGAGCGGCCGCAGCCGCAGCGGGCUUCGCCGAUUCCGAGCUGGCAGAGAUGCACUACACUUCGGGGCUGGCCCUUUGCCGCAUGUGCUGCUUCGCUGAUGCCGUCGACUGCUUCGAGCGCUGCCUCACGCUUUGCCCAAACCAUGCGGAGGCCGCGGCUCGCCGUGCUUCGGCACAACGGGCGCUGCGGGCAGCCACGCCCACACUGCCGGAAAGCAAGCCAGAAUCCGUCUGCAUCCUCUUCUCGAUGGAGUCCUACCAGACCAGGGUCGAUGACAUCAGCAACGUGCGAAAGGACCCCAUCGGUCACGACGAUGAGCUUUCAGAGGAGCCGGAGGAGCUGCUCCAAAAGUGUUGGAGUCCAUCGGGGGGCGUCUCUGGGAUGCUUCGCUUCUGCAAGCCUCCUGGCUCGCGGAGCAUCGGAGGCUCAGAGAUCCUACCUCCACUCCGCAACAUUAUGGUUGUAAGCCGUGACUCGAAGUGGAAGUUGCCGCAAGCCGCGGGAGCAGGCCUCAAGGUGCUCGAAGUGGGUGCGGGGCUUGGCCUUCUGGGCCUAACCGCCCAGAAGUUACUUCCGGAAGCACAUGUGUUGAUGACGGACUAUGACCCUGCCGUGCUCGCAGCGAUUCAGACCAACAUCGCCGCGAAUUUCAACGAAGAUGAGCGCAAGCCGACCACAGGACGCUUGGACUUCCGCGACUUCACCGCGGCCGCCCUGGAAGCAGGUGGCGAUCAGCCAGGCACCUUGAAGGAGCUGGGUCUCAGGUCCAUGCUGGGACCGGUUCUCCUCGACCGCCACUUCCUGAUCUGUGAGGAUGAUAACGACGAUGACGGCUGUUGCGACGGAUCGGGUCAGUCGCACUGCCAGGGCAACGCCCUCUACAAGUCUGGGCUCUUCCAGGAAGCCGUGCAGGCGUAUACGCUGGCCUUUACGGAGUUGGCCAACACCGAGGCUCUCAAGCACGCCACGCUGCUGUGCAACCGGGCCACGGCACACCUCCGCUGUCCCGGUGCCGAUGCUGCCUCGAGCUGCGCUGAGGAUGCCGAGGCAGCUUUGGUGAUGCUGGCAGAGCUGCCGCAAGAAGAUGUUCGCUCCCUGGUGCAGAAGGCAGAGUGGCGCCUUCAGAGAGCGCGCGAGCUCAUGGACAUCCGCCGCCUCACCGCGGAGGCACAGGCGCUUUGCCCCCGAGGGGACGCUGCCGAAGCGCUGCGGCGCUGCGAGGCGGCGCUGAAGCGAGCGGCCGCAGCCGCAGCGGGCUUCGCCGAUUCCGAGCUGGCAGAGAUGCACUACACUUCGGGGCUGGCCCUUUGCCGCAUGUGCUGCUUCGCUGAUGCCGUCGACUGCUUCGAGCGCUGCCUCACGCUUUGCCCAAACCAUGCGGAGGCCACGGCUCGCCGUGCGGCGGCACAACGGGCGCUGCGGGCAGCCACGCCCACACUGCCGGAAAGCAAGCCAGAAUCCGUCUGCAUCCCCUUCUCGAUGGAGUCCUACACCUGCCAGACCAGGGUCGAUGACAUCAGCAACGUGCGAAAGGAGCCCAUCGGAUCCUGCCACGGUCGGGGAGGUGCACCUCGUCCUGCAUAA